AUGUUCGUCCAGGAAGAGAAAAUGUUCGCCGGUAAAGUGUUGAAGAUUCACAUCUGUACCGUGGACGGCGCCGAGUGGCUGGAGGAGAUCACGGAAGACACUACGGUGGACAAACUCAAGGAGAAGUGCUUGAAACAUUGUUGGCAAGGAAACUCUGACGAUCCCAAGACAAUAACCCACCACAAGCUCAUCCACGUUGCGACAGAGCGAGUGUUGAAUGACACCAAAACCGUGGCCGAUGAACGCCUCAAAGAUAAAGAUGUUCUUCUGCUCAUAAAGAAAAGGCCGCCGCCGACCCCUCCUAAGAUGGCUGACGUGAGCGCUGAAGACAAGAAAAAAGAGGACAACAAAGCACCGGACAAGGACGCCAUCUUGAAGGCCACCGCCAACCUCAGCGUUCGCCACACGGACCACGCCGUCACGCAGCACAAUAUCAGAGAUUUUCAGACAGAGCUCCGAAAAAUCCUGGUGUCCCUCAUUGAAGUGGCCCAGAAACUCCUGGCCUUGAAUCCUGACGCUGUGGAGCUUUUCAAAAAGGCCAACGACAUGUUGGAUGAAGACGAGGACGAGCGAGUGGAUGAGGCGGCGCUACAGCAGCUGACAGAAAUGGGCUUCCCUGAGAGUAGAGCCGUUAAAGCACUCAGACUCAACCACAUGUCAGUGACCCAGGCCAUGGAAUGGCUGAUCGAGCACGUGGAUGACCCUUCGGCGGACGCCGGCGCCACCGGGACGCCGUCCCGCCCGCUCGGGCGACGGCCCUCGGCGGAUGCAAGCGCAUCCGGGACGCCAUCCCGACCGCACGGGCGACUGCCCUCCGAUGAGAGCCCCGGCCCCGCUUCCUCCGGCAGGCAAGAUGAGCUGACGGAGAUUUUUAAGAAAAUUCGCAGGAAAAGGGAGUUCCGGCCCGAUUCCAGAGCCGUGUUCGCACUGAUGGAGAUGGGAUUCGAGGAGAAACAGGUGAUCGACGCUCUCAAGGUCAACAACAACCAGCAAGAUGCGGCAUGUGAGUGGCUGCUGGGGGACAAGAAGCCGUCCGCAGAGGACAUGGACAAAGGCAUCGACACCGACAGUCCGCUUUUUCAGGCCAUCCUGGAGAACCCCGUUGUCCAGUUGGGUUUAACCAACCCCAAGACUCUACUUGCGUUCGAGGACAUGCUUGAAAACCCGUUGAACAGCACUCAGUGGAUGAACGACCCCGAGACGGGCCCUGUCAUGCUCCAGAUCUCCAGAAUCUUCCAGACCCUCAAUCGCACAUAG